CCGAGGGCGGUGCCACCGGAAGCGCGGCGCGGACCUACUUCCGGCAGUGCGCGAGCCCCGAGCAGAGGCGAGCCUGCACCCCGACGAGACAAGAUGGCCGGGCUGCCCCGCAGGAUCAUCAAGGAAACCCAGCGCUUGCUGGCAGAGCCAGUCCCUGGGAUAAAAGCAGAGCCAGAUGAAAGCAACGCACGUUAUUUCCAUGUGGUCAUUGCAGGUCCACAGGAUUCCCCCUUUGAGGGUGGGACAUUUAAACUUGAACUAUUCCUUCCAGAAGAAUAUCCAAUGGCAGCUCCUAAAGUACGUUUCAUGACCAAAAUUUAUCAUCCUAAUGUAGACAAGCUGGGAAGAAUAUGUUUAGAUAUUUUGAAAGAUAAAUGGUCCCCAGCUUUGCAGAUUCGUACAGUCCUGCUAUCAAUCCAGGCUUUGUUAAGUGCGCCCAAUCCAGAUGAUCCACUAGCAAAUGAUGUAGCUGAGCAAUGGAAGACCAAUGAAGCCCAAGCCAUAGAAACAGCCAGAGCAUGGACUAGGCUAUAUGCCAUGAAUAAUAUUUAAAUGCGCUUUGAACAUCAAGUGUGCAUCACUUCUCCUGUUCUGCCAAGACCUCUUCCUUUUUUGUUUGCAUUUAAUGGACACAGUCUUAGAAACAUUACAGAAUAAAAGCCCAGACAUCUUCAGUCCUUUGGUGAUUAAAUGCACAUUAGCAAAUCUGUGUCUUGUCCUAAUUCACUAUUGUACCGCAUGAGCAGAGGCUAGAAGUAUCAUCCGGAUUGUUGUGAAAUUGUUUGAAAGCAGCAGCACAUCUCUGCUUUUAAUCAUUUUUCCCAUCAUGGUUUAAGUAUAAGCACUGUGAAUGAAGGUAGGCAGGGUUAGCUGCAGGGCUUUUCGUUUCAAUUUUGUGGGCUCCUCCUCCCUUUUUAUGGUGAUGCUAAUUGCAUUGGUAAAAGCAGCUAACCAGUUAUACUCUAGAAUAUACCCUCUAGCCCAGUCUAACUUAGACGCUGUAGAUGGACAAGCUUCAUUGUUUAAACAAAAAAAAAUGGGAACAUUAAACAUCCAUCACCUUCACUAAUAAUAUUGUGAUUCUGCUGUCCAGUGUAGAAAAAUCCCUCCAAGAAAAAGCUUGUGACCAUUUUGUAUGGCUUGUCUGGAAAAUCUCCUGUAAAUCUUAUGUUUUAGUAAAAUAUUUUUUGUUAUUCUACUUGGCCUUUGUACAGUUUAUUUUGCUGUGUUUUCAUUUCUCUAAUGUGACAAUCGUAUUUAAGAAGAGAUUGAAACCAGAACUGACAAUUUGUCUUCACCAGUCUGACAGAUUAAACAGAGAAGAAAGAGAAUUCAGAUUUUUUUCUUUUUGCUUCUGUUUGCUGACUGAUUUUUAUUAGCUUGUGUUAUGUGGCUGACCUUACCUGGCCAGUUUAAUAUGAAAUUGAAUUUGGAGUGACUUUUAGAAACAAGUCUCUGAUGUAACCGUUGUAACCAUAAUUACAGUGAUGUGUUGAUAUGCAUUUUCAUGGAAAUAACCAUAAUCAAGCAGGAGGUUGAGAGCAGAUGACAGCACUAAUUGUGAGUAUCUGCAUAACUUCUCUAUGCUGGUUGUCAUCAGAUGUUAGGCUACACAGUUUUCUAAUUUCUUUAAUUUCUGCCCUCUAUGAACAUGUAAUAGCAGUGUGUAGAACCACGUUACGGCCAGCUUGUGUAGCGACUGAUGUUUGCUUAACCACUUCCAGCUAGCGCCUCAUACCACUGGUUUUCUCUACAAGCCUUAUUAAGCUACUUGCUUGAGCAACCAGUCUGCUUAAAUAGUAGCAAAGCUUCCCUAUUGGAGGGAAGGAAGGUGAUGAAAAACUUCCUUCUCAUUCUUGUUUUUGGUGUAUGCAUCUUGUCUGGGAGUCCAGCAUCUUUCUUGGACUUCAUCCAUCUUACUGCUUCCCUUAAUUUCUUGAAUCCAUAUUCUCUUCCUUUCCCCAAACCUUCCCCCUCACAAUAAAAAAAAAAGGGGGGGGGGGGGGGAAAUGCUUAAGAGCUUUUGGCAAGGCCAACCCAAAGUGUAUAAAUGACAGCUUGUAGUGGUUGCAUAUGGAGUGUUUUGUCAUGCGAUUCAGGGGUACGGUUAUGUAGUCUGUUGGUAUUCUCCCUCUUUCACCUCUUCUUGCUCCAGUGUCAUCUGAAAUUUCUAUAGAAUGUGGUGUAUUUAUUGUGCUCUUCUGUAAGAUGAAGAAUAUCUAUUAAAACUACGUUUUCCAACA